AUGGCCAAGACAAAUCACACAGUGGUGACUGAAUUCAUCCUCCUUGGACUGACUGACCGUCCAGAGUUGCAGCCUGCCCUCUUUGUAAUAUUUUUAGUGAUCUACCUCAUCACUGUAGUAGGGAAUGUGGGAAUGAUUGCAUUGAUCAGGAUUGACUCCAAACUUCACACUCCCAUGUACUUUUUCCUCAGUCACUUAUCUUUUGUGGAUCUUUGUUAUUCCACUAAUAUCACACCUCAGAUGCUGGUCAAUUUCCUAUCAAGUAGGAAAACCAUUUCAUUCUGUGGUUGCUUAGUACAGUUUCAUGUUUUCAUUGCCUUGGUGAUCACAGAAUAUUACAUGCUUACAGCCAUGGCCUAUGACCGUUAUGUGGCUAUCUGUAAUCCACUGCUUUAUAGCAGCAAAAUGUCCAAGAGCAUUUGUUUAUCUCUGGUAACAGCAAACUAUAUCUAUGGCUUUGCCAAUGGUCUGAUACAAACCAUCCUGAUGCUUCGUCUAACCUUCUGUGGCCCUAAUGAAAUUAACCACUUCUACUGCUCUGACCCACCUCUCAUGGUCCUGGCCUGCUCUGACACUUAUAUCAAAAAAACUGCCAUGUUUGUAGUUGCUGGUUUCAACCUUACCUGCUCUCUCACAAUCAUUCUCAUCUCUUAUAUAUUCAUCUUCAUGACUAUCCUGCACAUCCGUUCAACUGAGGGCCGGCGUAAGGCUUUCUCUACCUGUGGUUCCCACUUGACAGUGGUCACUAUAUUUUAUGGGACUCUUUUCUGUAUGCAUUUAAGACCUCCCUCAGAAAAAGCUGUAGAGCAAGGGAAAAUUAUAGCAGUUUUCUAUAUUUUUGUGAGUCCUAUGUUAAAUCCCUUAAUCUAUAGCCUUAGGAACAAAGAUGUAAAGGAUGCUGUGAAGAGAAUUAUCAAAAAUAAAUUACAGACUAAAUAA